UUGCAUGGAAGACAAAGAGAGAAAGAGAAAAAUAACCUGAAAGCCAUCAGUGGUUUUGAGGAAGUGUAAACAAACAUGGAUUUGACUCUGAGUGUCCUCACCAUCAAUAUCUGGGGCAUUCCGUUUGUGUCGAAGGAUCGCGAGGUGCGAAUCCAGAGAAUCGCGGAGGAGCUGGCCAGUGGGAAGUACGAUGUAGUGUCGAUGCAGGAAGUGUGGUCAGAGACAGACUUCCAGUCGCUCAAGUCCCACACGGAGGCCGUUCUGCCCUACAGUCACUACUUCUACAGUGGCGUCGUGGGCUCGGGAUUGUGCGUCCUGUCCAAGUAUCCCAUCACCGCGGCCUUCUUCCACGCCUGGUCAGUGAAUGGAUACGUGCAUCGGAUCCAGCACGGCGACUGGUUUGGCGGAAAGGGCGUGGGAUUGUGCAAGAUUUCCGUCCACGGCCACACUGUCAAUCUGUACAAUGCUCACCUGCACGCAGAGUACAACCGGAAGAGCGACGACUACAUGGCGCAUCGCGUGAUUCAGGCCUUCGACACGGCUCAGUUCAUCCAGCAGACACGCAACGACGCCGUGGUGCAGAUCCUCGCCGGAGACCUGAACACAGAGCCCGGAGAUCUGGCCUAUCGCAUCCUCCUGUCCACGUCACACCUGCAAGACUCGUACCAGAAGUCAGAGCCGCACGGUACGAACGAGUGCGCCAGGAAUCCCUACACUUGCGAGGAGAACCGCCUGAGUGCUCCGGAUGGGAAGAGGAUUGACUACGUCCUGUUCAGAGUGGGCGCCGGCGGUCGCUUGACUCGCCAGGAGUACAAAGUGCUCAUGCCAGAGCAGUGCUUCUCCGACCACGAGGCUGUCCAUGUGAAGCUGGACAUUGUGCCACCAAAGAUGUCCAGGGAUUCGUCGCUGGAAUACAUAAAUGGCGAUGACGCUGAAAUGCCAGCAUCCGAGGCGGGAAAGCCUUCUAGCCACCUGACGGAUCUCACAGAGAGCAUCCAGAUCUGCGACGACAGUCUGAAGCAGCUGGAUUCUCACCGGAAAUUCUACCUGUGGAUGUCGUUUGCCAUAAUCAUCACGCUCAUCAUGUUCGCCGAUUUCGAGGCUCCUUAUGGCUUCCAGACGGUGUAUCUCCUCUCGAAGAUCCUUCUGGGCCUUCUCACGGCCUUCCUCCUCUUCAUGGGCACUCUGUGGAAUGUGAUGGAGCGCCAUGGGAUCUUGUCUGGGAAGCUAGAGAUGGAGAUUGUUCUUCGCAACAUCCCGAAUCACGUUGAGGCGGCAACAUAA